UUCCCGCCAUAAAUGAAAAAUAUUGACUUUGUGCGGACUGAUUGGCAGCUAUGCGGGUUUGUUUACAGUGUAGGGAUCGCUGGGAAAACAUCAGGCCAGAAUCACGCCAACCAAAACGGAAAGAUUUCAGGAACGACCUACCCCUGGGUCAGGAGCAACGAGUGUCCGAGCAGGCACACCCACUGAGCCAUACUAAUCCCCCUGCCAUCCCUCCACCAACCCCCACCAACAUGGACCAACUACGCUCCAUCGGGACCCAUCUUCGCUCAUCCAUCCUCCGCUACGGGGUACCAGUUUAUGACGCUAAGGGUGAGGAUAUCGAGCUGUGUACAUCGGUUGCCAGCGAAACGACUCUCGGUAGCCUACAGCCUAAUGGACACAUCUCUCUGGCUGAAACUAAGACUGAGGGCGUACCUCUUGACCCCGAUGACCCCGCACACAGAGGCACCAGUUCGGUAUGGCAGGCGGGCUGGAAUGUAGGCAACUGCAUGCAGGGUAUAGGUAUGCUGAGCUUACCCUAUAUGGUGAAAGAGGGCGGGCUUGCUGCACUUAUAACGAUGGCUGUGGUGCUCAUCAUUGGAAACUACACAAGCAAGAUUUUAGUGUACAGUCUCUACGAGGAUCAAAUAACCGUUCAUUCAAAAGGCAAACCAGAAAAGGUACGUGUGCGAAAGACGUAUGCAGACGUAGCGGAUGCCUGCUACAAAUAUGGCGGCACAACCCUGAAUAUUAUGCAAAUUAUUGACGUCAUAGCCGUGGCGGCGCUCUACUUGGAAUUAGCAGGUUCUCUCCUAGUGGACACUUUUUACAUGGCUGGACUCUCGAAGCUCUCCUGGACCAUUAUAUGUGGGAUGUUCUUACUGCCGACCAUUUUCUUCCGGCAUCUGACUAAGAUUUCCUGGUUGAGCUGCGUUGCUGUGGUGUCACUUAUCAUAAUGUUCUUCAGUGUGGUGUGGUACAGUCUAGGCAAGAGUAUAUCCUGGGACAUAACAAGUGUUCCUGCCUUCAAUCUUCAAAGGUAUUCAGUGAGUGCGUCUAUUAUACUCUUCAACUUCGGGACCCAGUUCAUCAUGCCUGGUGUUGAAGACAGCAUGAGCGACCGAUCCAAGUUUAAUGUGAUGGUCAACUUUACUUACGUCAUAACGGGCGUUUUAAACAUCGCGUACGCCCUCUUUGCUUACCUAUCCUUUGGUUUAGAUACCAAGGAGUUUAUCACGUACAACAUGCCACUCGGGCCGCUUCAGGGCGCCGUGAGCAUGUUGUUUGUCAUCAAAUCCCUCCUGUCCUACCCCUUGAUGUUAUUCCUGGUCGUGAACUCCGUAGACUCCAUGAAGCUGUCCUUCUUACCGCCAUGCAGUGGGCCGACCCCAGACCGCAUGCCGCCCGCCUGGGCAAUGAUCUUUCGAGCGCUGCUCGUUCUAUUCACCCUCCUUCUUGCCGUAGUGAUACCGCACUUCACUCUACUCAUGGGUGUGACUGGCAGUCUAACGAGUCCGUGGCUAGACUUUAUAUUCCCAUGUAUCUUUUACUUGAAAUUGAAACGGAAUUCGUUGGCAUGCUGGGAGGUGUGUUUAAACUGGUUCAUAAUAGGUGUAGGUUUUGUUGGUGGGAUUGUGGGAUUGAUAUAUUCAUCAAUAGCAUUGAUCAAUGCUUAUUCUGAAGACUUCAGCUAAGCACAGUAGGCCUAUGUAUAUACAAGAUACAACUCGUCGGGACAUGUGGCAAUGUUUAUUAACUUGUUUCAUUUCGUCAUCCUAAGCUUCAACACUUAAUUUGAGUCUGUAUAUAAUUUUCGGUUCACCCAUGGACAGGUAGUUGCAAUCUUACAGGUUUCUGUCGAUAGAGGGAAGCAACACAUUUAAAUACAACUCAAUGUCUACAGUUUUGCUGUCAGGUUUUCAUUCUCAAAUGGAACGCCCAGUUUCAGUUUACAAGCAUACAGACAAUUUCCCCUUGAUACUUACCACAGAAAUAUACUUCUAAUUCUUUUUUAACCAAAAAGGAGACACACUAUAUUUGAUUUCCACCUUAUUUGGUUAAAUUUAUUCAGGUGGGAGAAAAACAACAUAUCCCAUCGUAUACAAGGUUCGUUCAAUCACAAAAACAAAUGUAAUUACAACCCUUUCCACGAAAUAUGCUAAUUACAUUCACGCAUGCGCACAGACACUAUUGGUGGGCAAACACCAUAAUCUUAGAGUCGUUUUCCCCUUCUUGUAGUCUUUUAAGGUAAGGCUUAUACUAUGAGGUUGGUGGCAGAUGACUUAUCAGCCAGCUAAGGAGAAACCCGGCAAGACAAAUUAGAAACUCAAAUGAUAAAGUGCCAACCAGUGUAUGCAAGACAUGCCUUCGGUUGUGUGAUGCACUAGGCAGACGACAAGACAUGCCUUCGGUUGUGUGAUGCACUAGGCAGACGACAAGACAUGCCUUCGGUUGUGUGAUGCACUAGGCAGACGACAAGACAUGCCUUCGGUUGUGUGAUGCACUAGGCAGACGACAAGACAUGCCUUCGGUUGUGUGAUGCACUAGGCAGACGCUCAAACGUGUAUACAAGACAUGCCUUCGGUUGUGUGAUGCACUAGGCAGACGCUCAAACGCGUAAACAAGACAUGCCUUCGGUUGUGUGAUGCACUAGGCAGACGCUCAAACGUGUGUACAAGACAUGCCUUCGGUUGUGUGAUGCACUAGGCAGACGCUCAAACGCGUAUACAAGACAUGCCUUCGGUUGUGUGAUGCACUAUAGGCAGACGCUCAAACGCGUAUACAAGACAUGCCUUCGGUUGUGUGAUGCACUAGGCAGACGCUCAAACGCGUAUACAAGACAUGCCUUUGGUUGUGUGAUGCACUAGGCAGACGCUCAAACGCGUAUACAAGACAUGGCUUCGGUUGUGUGAUGCACUAGGCAGACGACAAGACACGCCUUCGGUUGUGUGAUGCACUAGGCAGACGCUCAAACGCGUAGAAAAAGGGCCAUGUUCCCUACUAUUUAGCUCACCAGUGGUGUGAACCAUGCGCAUGCGCGGUUCGCAAACAUAAGCUGGGGUUUUUUUAACGCGAGGUGGCAACAGACAUUACAUAUAGUUCUUGUACAAUGUUAAGUAAUUUUCUGGCCCUUUGCAGACUUCCCAAGGACCGUGGAUAACCUACCUGCUAAUCUGCUGCCAUGAUUCCCCAAAAGUCUCUCAUCCACAAGUUUAUAUAAUGUCACGUGUUUAAAAAUUGGCUUUCCCAAUUGGUGUGACGUCACUACGUAGUGCACCAACAGCGUUCAAUGAUGUGACAUGCCGAUUGAAGGAUACGCCCACAAAUUGAUUUCUAUAUUGUAGUUCUAGUCAGCGAUGUUUUCACAGAGCCCAUGUCAACUAAUCGAGGUGUUAUUUUACUUGCCGUAUUAUGGGAGAAUCUGUUUAGUGUUUUUUUAAUUUCGUGUGUUCAACCUGUUUUUAGUCAAAUGAGGUUUAGGCCCUAUAUUGAAUGUGUUUAAUCCGUAUUUUAUAGCAAUGUAAUAGCUUUAUUAUAACUUAUAUUUAAAGUAUAGUUUAUUUCCUUAGAUAUAUCUUAUAUUUAAAUGAAAAUAUAAAGAGAUAGAGGCUUUUUAUGAUACGUAUGUGAUAUUAAAGAAGGUAAUUUUAACGCUGUAUACCACCAAAGCUCUAAAUAUUUCUUUAUUAUUGAAAUUACCCGUUAGUAACCAAUCACAUGCUCGCCAACAUUGUUAAAUGUGUCGUUGUUUCAGUAUGUCCGUCUGGAAGUAAUUAUAUGAAACAUAAUUUGUGUUUUGUUUCAAUUCGUUUUUAAAAUGCAGAUAGAGUGUCCACAUAUGGGAAACAUUCGGAAACUUCAAUUCUGGCAUUUAUGUUUGAGCGGAUCGAAUCCAACCUCGGUAGCAGGGGCAGCGCGCAGUGUAGAUAUCCAUCGUCCCUCAGAGAAAUGGCAUGGCGAGAUCGAUCACCCAUGGGAACGAGGCUGGGUCAAAUAUUGCAAUAAUUUGCAGCCAUUAUUGGUAAUUAAGCUGCCAUUGUGGCCGAUUGUGGCGUCCAAGGGAUGUCUCCUUCGUCUGGCAUCCCCAGUCAAAUUAAGUCUUUAUUGGAUGUCAAGAUUUUAAAGAGAGGUGUUCCCUGAAACUUAAAAUUAGAGUUCCAUGUCACAAUCCAUUGUAAAGCGUAACAACAAAAAAAGCAAAAAAACAAUUAAUGUAAUGUAGACCAAUUAAUAUAAUGUUGAAUGUAAACAA